UAAAUAGGUUAUGUUGCAUAAAUCAGUAAUAUAGGCUAAUAAUUUCAAUAAAAACGUGAGCCUAAAUUGUAAAUGAAUCCAUAAUUUUGUCGCUGCUCGGAAUGUUAAUGAAAACCAUUCUAUAAAUCCUGGUUUUACUGUAUUUUUAAUCGACACCUAAAUUCAAAAUUGAAUGAGACUUCGACUUCAGUGUCUUCAGCCAGAAUCAGAAAUUACUACUAAAUAAAACUAAGUUAGGUACCGGUACUACAAACUAGACUACUACUACAAACAUUUACAUCACUAGACUACUCAGUCUACUUAACUGGCACCGGCCUGCCGUACUUAAUUCUAACCUCUGGAGCAUGGCCUCAAAAGAUUAAAGAUAAUGGCAGUGACACCAAGUCUUUCUAGGAUUCUUUGUCUCAACAAAUUAAAGAAAAGGACUUUCCAGAGCCAGAUGGUGCUGUUUCAUAAAUAUCAACUACUGGCACGGAGCUAUCAUCAUAGUUUUUCUUCUACUGAUACUGCUAAUCAUCCUGCCGUAUGCAAAUUAUUAUCCAUUAGGCCUCGAGAGUUCAAAAUUAUGGCAGGUCCUAUCAGAAAUGUGUCAUUUAAGUUAUUUCCAAUGACUACUAUGAUGUGUCAAAGACAUGUAUCCAGUUAUCUAAAUAAGAAGUCUCAUUAUGAAAUAUUAGGAGUAUCUCGUUCAGCUUCAAAAAAGGAUAUACGACAGGCAUUCCUUCGUUUAUCUAAGGAAUGUCAUCCUGAUGUUAGCAAAAAUGGAGAUACAUGCUUAGAUAAACAUAAGAAAUUUGUUCAAAUAAAUGAAGCAUAUUCAGUCCUCAUUAAAACAUUAUCACGUAAAGAUUAUGAUAUGACUUUAAAUGCAGAGCGGUAUGUUGCUCGUCACAUGAAUGCAGCAGCUUAUCGCUCCCACUCUUACGGACAUCAUCCUCAUCCAGGCCACAGUUAUCACAAAACAUUUUAUGAGGAGGCUUAUUGGCAUGAUAAUACCAAGGCAAAUGACAGUGGUGGAAAGUUUCAGCCAUAUGCAAACUUAUUUAUGACGACUUUCUGCAUAACAGCAUUGGUAGUAGUCUUGAUACUUUAUUCAAUGCCAUAUUUGCUACCUGAUCCUAAUAUUGAUAAACUUAGAGGUAAUUUAAGCAGAUAUGAAAUUGAAAAGCAUGAUCUGAUAAUGACAUCACAGCAUGAAGGAAGCACAGUUUACUACUAUGCAAUCCCCAAAGAGGAUGACCCCAAAGCUUACGAAGUAUUGGCUGUUAAACGUAAUGAAAUAAAUAAUUCAAAUGAGCAAGAAAUUGUUGAACUUACCAAUGUCUAUAGAAACAGACAGAAGUAAUAAAA